CCUGACGUCACCGCUUGCCAUGGUAAACCAGCGGAAACAGGGUCUUACUGGGGUGCUCUUUGCGGUACCGCGGGGCUUCUGCGGAGCGCAAGGAAGAGUUCUGUUCCCCUGCGGGUCUGACUGCAGCCAAAAUGAGCGGCCUGGAUGGGGGCAGCAAACUUCCUCCCGCCGAAAGCGCUCCUCCCGAGCACGCCUCAGAAGAUCUGGACCGGAACCAGAGCCGGGGGCUCUGCGCAGAGGCGGAGGCCACCCGGGCUAUGGCGGACGCAGGUGAGGGCCGCACGCAGGCAGCUGCUGAGGGGGGCGCGCCCGGCCCCGCGGGACGGAAGGCUCCAGAAACCACUGGCGCAGGGACUUUGGGGUCGCAGAUGAUGCCUGGGGCGAAGGCCAAGGAGACAACGAUGAAGAAGCGCGCCAUCCCAGCAUCUUCAGAAAAGGAGGGACAUACAGAGCUGGUGGUGGAGGAAAAGGUGGUCCAGAAGGACAAAAGGAUGGUUGGAACAGGAAAAGAGGAGACAAAGCCCAGGGCCCCUAAGAUGCAUACCUGCAUGGACUCGUUGGAGGCCAUCGAUCAGGAGCUGUCGAACGUAAAUGCCCAGGCUGACAGGGCCUUUCUCCAGCUAGAGCGCAAAUUUGGCCGGAUGCGGAGGCUCCAUAUGCAGCGCAGGAGUUUCAUCAUUCAGAAUAUCCCAGGUUUCUGGGUUACAGCCUUUCGGAACCACCCCCAGCUGUCUCCUAUGAUCAGUGGUCAAGAUGAAGAUAUGAUGAGGUACAUGAUCAAUUUGGAGGUGGAGGAGCUUAAACAUCCUAGAGCAGGCUGCAAAUUCAAGUUCAUUUUUCAGAGUAAUCCCUACUUCCGCAAUGAGGGGCUAGUCAAGGAGUAUGAGCGCAGAUCCUCUGGCCGUGUGGUCUCUCUUUCCACGCCAAUCCGCUGGCACCGGGGCCAAGACCCUCAGGCCCAUAUCCACCGGAACCGGGAAGGGAACACUAUCCCCAGUUUCUUCAACUGGUUCUCAGACCAAAGCCUCUUAGAAUUUGACAGAAUCGCUGAUAUUAUCAAAGGGGAACUAUGGUCCAAUCCCUUACAAUACUACCUGAUGGGUGAAGGACCCCGCAGAGGAAUUCGAGGUACACCAAGGCAGCCUGUGGAGAGCCCCAGGUCUUUCAGAUUCCAGUCGGGCUAACUUCUGGCCAUAUGAGAAGCUCCUGCACAUAUUUUCUUACCAGCUCCCAUGCUUGGCCCGCAGCAUGCAGUCUUCUUUCUUUGUCCUGUAUAUUUUGGCCAUUGGUUCUUGUAAAUCUUUCAGCAGUGGCAUUUCUCGCUUACCUGCCUCUGGGGCUUCCUGCUGUUCUGCAUUGUGCUAAUAUGUUCCACUAGCAUGGCCUGCUGCUGUUGCUGUACCAGGCUCACGAUGCUGUAGAUACUACUGCUUUCCUUCGCAUGGCCUGGGUCCUGUCUGUAGUCUUCUCCCAGUGUUUUAAAUGGUUCUCUACCACAAGGAAGUUUGGUACAUCUUUUCAAAUAACUAGGCAGGCCUCUUUAAGUUGGUUGUGCUCCUGAUAGCCAUAUUCUGUGAUGUACUCCUGAGUUUUACCACUGCAUGAUGAAACUGAUAUUCCAAACCAGCUGCCAUCAACCCAAACUGAACAUUCUGGCUAGUAGGAUCCAGAUCCCAGCUGUCCUCUAGGCCUUUGCUAUCCACCUUGUUGGUCAUAUGGUAGAAUAAGCAGGUGUUUGGGUCUACUAGGCAUGAGUAAGGUAAUAGAUGAAGUGUUUUAUGAUACUAUGUUGUUUUCCCAUUGUUUACUGUACAUCAUGAUCAGCUUUUAGCUUCUGGUGAGUAUGAAGGCCCGUGCUCUAGCGCACACCUAUUUCUUUCCUGCUUGAUCUUUGCACAGGUCACCAUUGUCUGCCUCCACCUCAUGAUUACCCAUCUACCCAACUGGCAGUACCCAAAUCAAAACAGGAAUGGGAUCCUUCCAGCAGUUAGACUUUUUGAUCUCUAGCCUACAAACUAUCCUUAAUACAGGCAACUUUGUUAGACAAACUCCUUAACCCCUUUCAUGCUCAUGCUGAAUGGAGCAGUUGGCAGUGGGGCCACUGAAGUCCUUCUGGUACAUGGAUGAAGCUUGGUACAUCUCUUUCACUUUUCCCUCUCCCUUUCUUUCCUCUGCUGUAUGGCAGCUCAGAGGCAGAAAACAAAACUGACAUAGCAGGGUUUUUGUUUACUUGCUCUCCUCUUGGUUGUGUCCAGACUAAAAUAGAUUGCAAAUCUCUUAAUGCCCCCAUUCCCGUGCUCCAUUUCUUUCAGCAAGGUCUGAAAGUUUCAAAGGGAGACCUGCUGGGUUAAUUGCUUAAUACUGGUUUGUUUUGUUUUGUUUUUAAGGAUAACCUGUUUUCUAUCCAUUCCAUCCAAUCUUGCUUCCUGAGUUUUAGUUUGAGAAGUUGGGAGGAGGGAGAGAAAGACCCCAGCGAUGGGUUUGACAGACCCUGAGCAGAAUGAGCUGAAGCAACUAUAACUUCACUUUUCUAAGAGGGGAAUUCUU